CUCCUCCUCCUGUGGGACACCCCAGAGUAUAAAAAGGACAAUCCUCCUCCACAGAGAUACAACUGAUCACGAAGGAGAAACAAGUCCUCGACUCUCCGAGAAAACAUCGACUGAUGAGGCCAAGCUGAAGGCUUCUCUGCUCCGAACAAACGACUGAAGACUUCCUCUUGUUCUUUCUUUCCACUCUCUUCACUCUCUCCAGACUCCUACACCAUGCCUCCUCAGCUUCAGUCCCAGAACCAGAGCGGGCCCAGGGUCCUGCAGGGCGAUCUCAGCGCCCUCAGUCCGGCCGUGAAAGAGUUCCUGGACGCAAAUGUGACUCUGUGUCAGCCGGACUCCAUCCACAUCUGCGACGGCUCGGACGAGGAGAACCGCACCAUCCUGGCCCAGCUGGAGGAGCAGGGGCUGAUCAAGAAGCUCAGCAAAUACGAGAACUGCUGGUUGGCCAGGACCGACCCGAGGGAUGUGGCUCGCGUGGAGAGUAAGACUGUGAUCGUGACCCCGGACCAGAGGGACACGGUGCCCACGCCUCUGGACGGUGGAGUCAGCCAGCUGGGACGCUGGAUGUCCCCGGAAGAGUUCGACAAAGCGAUGACGCAGAGGUUCCCCGGCUGCAUGAAAGGUCGUACCAUGUACGUGAUCCCCUUCAGCAUGGGUCCAGUCGGUUCCCCCCUCUCCAAGAUCGGAGUGGAGCUGACCGACUCGCCCUACGUGGUCGCCAGUAUGAGGGUGAUGACCCGUAUGGGGAAGGCGGUGCUGUCCGCUCUCGGGACGGGCGACUUCGUCCGCUGUCUGCACUCGGUCGGCUGUCCUCUGCCGCUCAAAAAGCCCUUGGUAAACAACUGGCCCUGUAAUCCCGAGCAGACGUUGAUCGCCCACAUCCCCGACCGCCGGCAGAUCGUCUCGUUCGGUAGCGGUUACGGAGGAAACUCCCUGCUGGGGAAGAAGUGCUUCGCUCUGCGCAUUGCCUCACGUAUCGCCAAAGAGGAGGGCUGGCUGGCCGAACACAUGCUGAUCCUGGGCGUCACCAACCCUGCCGGGGAGAAGAAGUACAUGGCGGCGGCGUUCCCCAGCGCCUGCGGGAAGACGAACCUGGCCAUGCUCUGCCCAACGCUGCCGGGCUGGAAGGUCGAGUGUGUUGGAGACGACAUCGCCUGGAUGAAGUUUGAUGACCAAGGAAACCUUCGUGCCAUCAACCCUGAGAACGGCUUUUUCGGUGUUGCGCCCGGCACCUCAGCCAAAACCAACCCUAACGCCAUGAAGACCAUCAUCAAAAACACUGUUUUCACCAAUGUUGCGGAGACCAGCGAUGGCGGCGUGUACUGGGAGGGAAUGGACCAGUCGCUGCCCGAGGGAGUCACCAUCACCUCCUGGAAGAACAAACCCUGGAGCAAAGAAGAUGGUGAACCCUGCGCUCAUCCCAACUCUCGUUUCUGCACCCCGGCUGGACAGUGUCCCAUCAUCGACCCGCUGUGGGAAUCCCCCGAGGGAGUCCCCAUCGAGGCCAUCAUCUUCGGAGGCCGUAGACCAGAAGGCGUCCCUCUGGUGUACGAGGCUUUCAGCUGGCAGCACGGUGUGUUUGUCGGAGCGGCCAUGAGGUCAGAGGCCACCGCUGCAGCUGAACACAAAGGCAAGAUGAUCAUGCACGACCCCUUCGCCAUGCGCCCCUUCUUCGGCUACAACUUCGGACAGUACCUCUCUCACUGGCUGAGCAUGGCCGACCGCCCCGGCGCCAAACUCCCCAAGAUCUUCCACGUCAACUGGUUCCGCAAGAGCCCCACCGCCGGAUUCCUCUGGCCCGGUUUCGGCGACAACAUCCGCGUGCUGGACUGGAUGUUCAGGCGGGUGAACGGCGCGGCCGGCGCCAUGCCCUCCGUCGUCGGCUACCUGCCCUGCGGAGACUCCCUGAACCUCCAGGGCCUGAAGGAGGAGGUGGACCUCGACGAGCUGUUCUCCCUGGAUCAGGAGUUCUGGCAGAAGGAGGUGGAGGACGUGAGGAAGUACUUCGACACUCAGGUGAACGACGACCUGCCCAACGAGGUGGCCCGGCAACUGGAUCUCCUGCAGCAGCGAGUGAAGCAGAUGUAACAACGAUUAGCAUGUUCUGAAGGAAAACGAUGAUUCUAGAAAAUCUUGUUUGCAAUUCAACAACUGAAUCUCAGUAAUUCUGUUAACAGAUGUUGGAAAGAUUGAGAGUAAUUCCAGAAUAUGUCUGAUUAGUUUUACAACUCUA